AUGGGCUUGUCAAAAUCGCAACGGAUUAUCAUCUUGCUAGCCAUUGACAGUGUAUUCUUCUUGAUCGAACUGACUGUCGGCUAUGCGGUCCAUUCGCUGGCGCUAGUGGCAGACUCGUUCCAUAUGUGGCAACGCGCCGAGACCCUCGGAGCACUCGUCAACGGAGUGUUCCUCGUCGCGUUAUGUUUGUCCAUCUUUCUCGAAGCUACUCAACGCCUUUUCGAACCCCAAGAAGUCAAAAGCCCGAAACUUGUCCUGAUUGUCGGCUGCUUUGGCCUUCUUUCCAAUAUAGUAGGGUUGUUGCUGUUCCAUGACCAUUCCCAUGGACAUGGUGGUCAUGCGCCUGUUGAAGGAUCAGUCGAGUCUGCAGAACAGGGCUUUGCCACCCAGCAGGAUGCAGAUACAGCUACCAUAUCCGAUCCACGAGGUACUGUUGCUAGCGUGAUGCCGCAGAAUGCUAUCGAUGCCUGCGAAACAGAUGGAUCAGCCAGCACCAUUAGACCAGCCGCGCCAGGGAGUCCAGUAACCGUCAGGAGGGUUUGGACUCCAGACGAUCGUAUUCGGGGGCGCCAUCACAGCACCCAUCGGCUUAGUAUUUCCGGUCUAAAUUCACGGGACGCAGGUAGUAUCCAGGGCCAUCCGGCUAGUUUGCGUCAGGACAUUAUCCAAGCAAGCAAAUUUGAUGAUUCGGAGUCGGACGAUGAUAAUGAGGAUGCAACUGCGCAAGGCCGUAUUUCAGAACGUUCCAGAUUACUCAAGCAGAGUAAUGAGACAACCCCAUAUGACAGUGCUGCGGAAAUACGCAGCCGUCGUUCCAAAGAGGACUUGCAUGUUGCGCAUAACCAUGCCAAACCAAAAUUCUCUGACAAGAAGGCCGGCCACGGACACGGCCAUUCCCACGGUGACUUGAACAUGCGAGGUGUCUUCCUGCAUGUGAUGGGCGACGCACUAGGCAACAUUGGCGUCAUUGCCUCAGCGUUGAUUAUCUGGCUCACCAGCUAUUCUUGGAGGUUCUAUGUUGACCCUGGAAUCUCGCUUUUUAUCACCGUGAUUAUUCUCUGGUCAGCGAUCCCGCUUUGCAAAGCAGCCUCACGGAUUUUGUUACAAGCCGUCCCCGCCGGACUGAGCAUUGAUCACAUCAUUGAAGAUGUUGAAUCACUCCCAGGCGUUAUCAGCUGUCACCAUUUACAUGUAUGGCAACUUAGUGACACUAAGUUGGUGUCAUCGUUGCAUAUCCAAGUAAGCCACGAUAUCAAGGGAGAAGGCUCAGACCGGUACAUGGCCCUGGCCAGAGACGUGCGCAAGUGCCUGCAUGCAUACGGCAUCCACUCAUCUACUAUUCAACCCGAGUUUUAUCCAGACAGCGAUGACGACGCUGCGACGGGGACUUCUUUCCCUAUCAAUGGCACCGGGCCGAAUACGCCUCCAGGAACUGCGCCGAACGUCGAUGGCCCUGCUUGUCUGCUUGAAUGUGGAAACGAAUGCGCUGCGGGCCGGCAAUGUUGUGAUUGA